CACGAAGAAUGUCUCGGACAACAUCGACAUCGAGCGCCAGGGCUCCGUUGCAACCGUGGCGAUACCCCCCAAGUCGCUUGGGGCAGGGGUAAGCUGUUCACCACCAUCCGGUGGUCCCAUUGCUAACGCCGCCAGUCCGCGUUGGCGCUGGGCGCAUUCGGCACCACGUUGACGACGCUGUCCCUCAGCCUGAUGGAAUGGCGCGGGGUGACGGUGGACAACGUCUUCGUGGGGAACUUUUUCUUCAUCGCGGCCUUUGGGCUGGUGGUGACUGCGCAGUGGGAACUGUCCAUCGGAAACGGCUUUGCGUACACCGUCUUUAGUGCAUUCGGUGUGUCCCGUCUCUUCCAUCUCCCUCCUUCUUCCCCAGCCAUUGGCAACAUCCCUAACACCAUCCCAGGCCUCUUCUACGCCGGAUACGGCGCCAUCCUCACCCCCGCCUUCGGGGUGUCCCAAGCCUACGGCAACGACACGACGCAGUACAACAACGCGCUGGGAUUCUUCAUGAUACUGUGGACGGUCUUCGUGUUCACCUUCCUGAUUGCCUCCCUGCCGAGCAACUUGGCCUACAUUCUAGUCUUCUUCCUCGUGGACCUGGGCUUCCUGACCGUGGCGGCGAGCUACUUCGCCGAAGCGGACGGACAUGCCGCGUCGGCCGUGGCGCUGCGCAAGUCCGGGGGCGUGUUCUGUUUCGUGGCGGGGCUGAUCGGAUGGUAUAUUGUGUUUCAUCUCCUGUUGAAGGAUAGUCUGGUGGAUCUGCCUCUGGGGGACACGUCGCGGUACUUUGCGCGGAGGAAGAAGACGGCAGAGUAAAGGAGGAUGGGGAGCUGAGCUGUCGCGUAGUUGCCUUCUUUCGGUCGAUAUAAUACACUCGGAGCCACGGGGGGUAGUAGCGAAUCAUUAGUUAAG